GCGCACUCCUCGGCUCCGCCGCUGCUUAGCAACAGGCGAGCUAGCCGCCAGUUGCCUGGCUAGCCGCUCUCUCGCGCGCAGCGCAGUUGGCCGAGACGCAGGCAGCGCCGACGGACAGCGAUGCCGACGGACGGCGACUGUGCUCCAGCGAAUGGCACAGAUUGUUCUCUGUCGUCGACGUGAGGCGAACUUGACGUGUGGACGGGGAGCGUCGGCUCCGCGCAGCCACUAGCUAGAUAUCGCUCACAGGUGUAGGAGAAGCUUCCGUACUCUGGGAGAAGAAGGAGAAAAGAAAGUGGCUAGCCCCUAGCUAGGUAACCUUAGCACCGGAGUGACUGGCGUCUCCCCUCGCCUCGGGGCAGAGCAGAGCAGAGCAGAGGGUCGUUCUGCGGGGAUGUGAUCGUGUGGGUGGGGGCGGUUAGCUGGCUGCGUUUUGGCUCGUCUCGUGUUUGCGGAUACCGGAUGAGUCGUAACUGGAUUUCACAGGUGGUUCGUGUGUCCCUGUCGCGUCACUAAAACUACCCGAGUGGAACAGAGACGUCGCCACCAUGUUGGAAGAGGACAUGGAAGUGGCCAUCAAGGUGGUCGUGGUCGGCAACGGAGCCGUCGGCAAAUCCAGUAUGAUCCAACGUUACUGCAAAGGCAUCUUCACCAAGGACUACAAGAAGACCAUUGGAGUGGACUUCCUGGAAAGGCAGAUACUUGUCAAUGACGAAGAGGUGCGACUGAUGCUUUGGGACACUGCCGGGCAGGAGGAGUUUGACGCCAUCACCAAGGCGUAUUAUCGCGGUGCACAAGCAUGUGUGCUGGUCUUCUCUACCACUGACAGGGAGUCGUUUCAGGCUAUCGACAGCUGGAGGGAGAAGGUGGAGGCAGAGGUGGGAGAUAUUCCCACAGUUCUAGUGCAGAACAAAAUUGACCUCCUGGAAGAGACCGUUAUAAAAAGCGAGGAGGCAGAAGCUUCGGCUAAAAGACUGAAACUGAGAUUUUAUCGAGCUUCGGUAAAAGAGGACCUUAAUGUCAACGAGGUUUUUAAGUACUUAGCUGAAAAGUAUCUUCAACGACUCAAACAGCAAACCGCAGAGGAGACGGAGGUGGUCCAUUCAACAAGCAAUAAAAUAGGUGUUUUCAAUACCACAAGUAGUAACGUCUGCAACCAGAGCUCCAGCAACGGCAGAGAAGUCAUCACUUUGCGACCUAACAAACAAAGAACCAAGAAGAGUAAAAGCCCGUUUGGAAGCUGCAGCCUAGUCUAGAUAGAAUCGUUUUAAUUUCGGUGACUGACUAUUUGUUUCUAAGACUAGACUGGACAUUGUUGUAUUCCGUGGAGGUACCAACAGUUAUAGACCAAAGCCCAUACAGACUGGGAAAUACUACUUUAAUAAUCUGAUGUUCAAUCUGUAUCCGCAUUGAUUGAGAACAUCAAUGGUCUGCGCAAAAAGCCUGUCGAUGCUCUUGGGUAACAGCAAGAGCUGCAGUUACAGUAUGUUGUGUCACGAAUUGAAGGCCCCCCCCCCCCCCUAUUUUGAGUGUUUCUGUUUAAAAAAAAAUAAAUAUGACUUGAUAUAUUCGCCUCUCAUCUUAAAUACGUAACGACAAACGUUGCCCCGGUCACCCAGUCAUGCAUUUUGGCAUUUUGCCAGAUUAUUUUUCUAACUGUCAACCAAUUCAUGGUUCAGACCGUACCCGUUAAUUGUGGACAAAACACGUUGGACUCCAGAGUCAAUUCUCUGCGCAGAAGUAUUUUUGUACGAGUCACAGUGGUGUUGAGUGAUAUUUUCACUGAAGUGUUGACGCAGUGCCAAAUUUUCUCCCAUUUUCUCAACUGUGGUUAAUCAUUAGCACUGCAGUGAUUUGGAUGUGAUGUGAAAUUGACAGAAUGUGCUCCUAUGUAUAACCAAAUAUCAAUAACUAAUGUCACAAAAUAGUCCUGUGUGUGUGCACAGUCCACUUAUUUAAAGAUUUGUUAACCAAAUUCUGAGACUAGGUCCUCACUUCAUGAGAUAAAGCAAGGGUUGAAUUAAUGACACUGAUCGUGUCACAGUCAGUUAAAGUGCUGUUUUAAUUUCACUUGUUUACAUUUGACAUAACUGACCUUUUCCUUUAACUUUGAUAUAUCUUUGAGUGAAUAAGGUUGGUACCUGUGCAUCUGUUUUCACCAUAUUUCUAACAUUUCAGACACUAAACAUGGUACUUUGGUACUUCUUUGGCUUCUGUUGUAUGUAUUUAGUUAUUACCGUAUUGUUCAUUUCAUUCUGCUCAUUUUGAAUGGGGGAAAAUAGGGAGAAGAGCUGGAAUAUCGAAAGAAUGAAAAGACUGAAAAGUAAGAUGCCUUGAGCAGAACGUUGCUCUCUGAUGGUGGAUCACAGAGAGCUGAGCUUUGGGAUUGGAUGUGUUUCUGUUGGGAAUCUCUUUUGUGCGCCUGAAUAUGCAAGAAAAUCUGCUUUCUUCUCACUAAACGAGGGCACUCCAAAAAAAAAAGAAAAAAAGAUCUCCCAACACGUAUGUUCAGUCCUCAGUGCAGCUCUCUGUGAACUGUAAGUUAUGGCCGCAUCAAGCCUUUUUGUAGUAUUAUUUUUUUUUUAAAUCCAAGAAUCAUUAUCUAGAACUCAUUUACCAAGCACAAAGAAAUAAGUGGGAAUAUGGAAGACUCUUAUAUUAAAUCUUCUGUCAGAAAUUAUUGAAACGUCUUUAUUCAAAGUUCCAAUUCUAAGUAUUUUAAAUGGAAUAAGAAUACAUAAGACAUUUAUUUGCCUGGGAUCACAUGUGCAUGCCUGCUUUUUGUCUUUUUGGAAGUGUUGUAACUGAUCUCAGAUUUGUGUUUCAAAUGAAGCUCCAAUGGGACUGAAUCGAUUCAUGAUUUGCUCUUCAUAGUCCGCCUUGAUGAUCCCAACGGCUGCUUAAAGUUUGUUGAAAAGUUCUAUCAUUGGUACUAAGAAUGUGUCGCGUAUCAAGCUUCGUCAUUUGGUUGUAUGUGAACAGUUCUGUUUAAAAA